ACGGCAAACGGCAAACGUUGUACUGCUGUAGUCAUAAUACCUCGUGGCGCAUGACAACUCAGUUUCUCGGUGUAAUAAUUAUUGUUGUAUACCGCGUUGCUUUAUAGUGUAUUAGUACUUGAACGUAAGAUAGUAGUUACUUUAUCACUCGUUUGAAGGCUUGAAGACUUUAAUAUCCAUUGUAAUUGCAUCGCAAUCAAGUUAACGUUGUUUACUUAACCACGCAACGAAUACGGAAUGCAUACUUUGUAUACUAUACUCAUCAGGCGGUUGAGUGUUUGGUGAUUUUUAUAACUUGWUUAGUAUAACAAUUUUUCAACAUUGUUUAUUUAUACACAUUGCUAAAAGAAGAAAUGGAAUCCUUGCCAUCAGAGAUCAUCACACAAAUACUGGAAUACUUGCCAUUUGAUGAUCGACGAGAACUGGCUAGGGUCAAUAAAGUAUUUUAUUAUGCUUCAUCUCACCCAUUAUUCGCAAGAAAAGAGAUACUUAUCUAUCAGCCAUCUGUGGACAAUUUGAAUGUCUUUAACAAUUUCAAAGAUAUGUUGUGGAAAUCAAAACGAAAAUUGUUAUGUUUAAAAUUUGUUAAUUUAACAUUUACAGAUGAUUUAACUAUAUUCACAAACUUAGGGAAUCACAUUAUAUCACUACAUUUAAAUAAUUUGAAUUUGCUAAGUGAUUCAUAUCUAGAUGCUAUUGCCCAAUGCUGUAGUAAUCUCGAAGAAUUAGAACUUACAAGUCUGUUAUAUGUCUAUUUAACUGAUAGAGACCGUACACCAAUACCCAAAUUGUGCUAUAUUGCUUUAGAUUGUGUUCUGUUAUGCGAUAGAGAUUUUAAUCAAAUUGUGAAAUUUGCUCCAAAUUUAAAGCAUUUAAGUAUUUUUAAUUGUAGAAUAACUGGUUGUAACUUAAUCAUUCAAAGGUUUUAUCGUCACAGCAUUAAUAUUGAUAAUUCAUUGACCAAAUAUAAUUCAAUUGAUAUUUUUUCGGAGACAAAUGUUGUAUAUCAUUUAAAUAAUUUUGUUCGCUUAAAUUGUCUCAGCUUAAAUGAGGGUAGUAGUAUAAUGUAUCUGACUCAUUCCAUACACUUAGGUCUUAAAUCAUUGACAUUGGAUCUUAUAGACACAAUUACCUCUCGUUCCAUUGACUAUGAUAAGUUAAACUUAGUAUUAGGUCAAUGUGUAUCUUUAGAACAUUUAAAAAUAUGUUACUUACCUGUUGAUUUGUUAUCCACUGUAUCUAAACUAUGUAAUCUUCGACACUUGACAUUAACUUAUAUUGAUAAAAAAUUAAAUAUCUCUAAUAGUGAUCAAUGCUUAAGGUUGUUUGUGGAAUCAUUAAAAAAUCUGAAAUAUCUCAGGACAUUAUCAUUUAUUAGAGCUUCGGCAUUUAAUUAUCUUGAUCUCCCAAUAUAUCCAAUACCAGAAUGCAAGCUAAAGUCUCUUACGUCAUUAGAUUGUUAUCUUCAUUCAAAUCAAGAAAUAUUAAGAUUUGGUAACAAUUUAACAAGCUUACGAAUAAGAAAUGGCAAUAUUCUUGAAGCUGAAGAUUUACUACUAUUAUUCAGGAAUCUCACAUAUUUAAAGCAUUUGUGGAUUGACAAUUGUACAGUAUUAAAUGAUGAAAUUUUCAUUAAAUUGCCAAUAUCUAAUCUGAAAGAGUUGACCAGUUUAAAGUUGUUUUCGACAAAGAUUUCACACCGUUGCUUGCAACAUAUUACAAAUACAAGUUUAAAAGUUUUGAUCCUCACCAAUGUUGCAUUAGAACCAGACUCACCACAGUCAGGAUUACUAGAAUUCAAACAAAGUGUACACAUUUUAAGUCGUGCGGUUCCUUUGUUAACUCAACUUGAACUUCAUACAGAUUUCAAAAGUAAGAGUUUAUUUGUAACAUCCGAUUUAUUCAUUUAUUUCCAGACUAGAUAUUUGGCAUUAUUAAAAACAUAUUUUAAAAGGAUGAAGAUUUUCAUACUUUGUUAGUUAUUUUUAAAGUCAAUUUAAAGAAAAUAUUUAAAAAAUGCAUCUUUAAUGUAUCUAAUUGAUUGGUUAUAUUUAAGUUUUAAUUAUUGUAUACUMAUUUAUUACAGCUGUUAUUUAUGAUAAUGUAAUAAUUGCCUACCAAUACAUCA